CCAGAAUUUGUAUGAUAUUGAUGACAGUCCUGUGAUGUAACUAUGGUCUAUCAGUUGCUGAAUUUUAAGAUUCUUUAAUAAAAUCUUUAUUAUUCGUUAUUGACAUAGUUCUUUAAAAUCUAUUUGGUUCAAAAUGUCGCUUAAUACUGCUCAUGCUAAUGGAGGCGUUCUUAUUUAUAAUGGAGAAUUGAUUCUCCUUUAUUGUGAUGGGGUUGAGAUGACGAUAGAAGGUGGUGAUGCUAAAGAAUUUGGUGGUACUAAGAAAGGAAGAAUUUAUUUAACCACACAUAGGAUGAUUUUUGUCAAUAAAUCUGAGAAAGAUCCCCUGCAGUCCUUCAGUUUUCCAUUUUUCAGCAUGACUGGAGUUGAACUUGAACAGCCAAUUUUUGGAGCUAAUUAUAUUAAAGGAAAUGUGAAUGCUCAGCCUGGAGGAAAUUGGUUUGGUAAGGCAACAUUCAAGCUAAAAUUUUUCACUGGUGGAGCUAUUGAAUUUGGUCAAGCAAUGGUGAGAGCAGCUAAAAUGGCUAGUCAGAACAUGCCUCCUCAGCCUCCACCUUACAUGCCUCAAACUGGUCCUUAUUAUCCUGCACCUCCUCCUGCAUACACGCCACCUGCAGGAGGAAUAAAUGGAUUUGUACCUCCAACUCAUGCAUUCCCAGAUGCUCCUCCUGCUGAUAGUGUAUUUACUACAAACAUGCCACCACCAUAUCCUGGAAUUUAUCCUCCACCAUAUGCAUACCCACCAGGAUCAGGAGCAUACCCCCAGGCUGGUCCUAAUGGAGUGUUUGGAUAUCCUGGUGCUGGUGCACCCCCUCCAGGGUUCAAUGUUCCUGAAGGGGCAGCAUCUGCACCUCCUGCAUAUGAUAGUGUACCAUCUCAAUAUCCACCUGGUGCCUCUGCUCAAUACAAUGGAACGGCACAGCAAGCACCUCCAGCAGAUUCUAAAUCAGGAAUUCCACCAUCCUACAAUAUGUUUCAAGACCCAUUUAAUCCUCAAGUGUUGUAUCAGCAUCAGCAACAAUACAUGAGUCAAGGACCACCACCUCCUUAUACUCCUGACAGCCACAAAAAAGAACAAUGAAGAUGAACAAUGUGCAUUGAAAACUGGCUGUUAAACUUGCUGUUUAAUCUAGUGAAAUGAAAUACAACUUGGAUCUUU